CUACAUCAACUUGAAUGUUUUCCUAGUGAAAUAACUGUAUUAACCAAAAAAGGGAACUUACCUAAUAAAUCACGUAUCCUGUCACUUAGUCCAUUCAUUGACGAAUUUGGUUGUCUUCGUGUCGGUGGCCGCAUCCAAAACUCAACUGAAACUCACAAUAAAAAGCAUCCAUUAUUGUUAGAUUCAAAUCAUAAUUUAACUAAGUUACUUUUUAAAGAACACCACAUAAAACUUUUACAUUGCGGACCACAACUAUUAUUAAACAAUUUAAGGGAAAAUUAUUGGCCAGUGAAGGGUAGAAUUUUAGCAAGAAGUACUGUGAACAAUUGUAUAACUUGUAGAGUAUUUAAAGCUAAAAGUAUAAACCCAUUAAUGGGUAACUUACCUGCUCCAAGAGUAACUCCAAAUCUCCCAUUCCAAAUAAGCGGUGUUGAUUUUGCUGGUCCAUUCUUUAUUACUGACCGUAAGGGCCGCGGUUGCAAAUUGAGUAAGUGUUAUUUGUGCCUAUUCGUUUGUCUCGCCACAAAGGCAUUGCACCUCGAAUGUGCUAGUGAUCUCUCCACUGAGGUUUUCAUGUUAUGUUUGAGACGGUUCAUUUCACGCAGAGGAAAACCUAGCGAACUUUAUUGUGACAACGGUACUAAUUUUGUAGGCGCGAGCAACGAAAUAGCAAACUUUUUGCGGUCAAGCAACAACGACAUGUUUUCUUCAGCUGCCAGCGAAGGUAUAAACUUCAUAUUUUCACCCGCUUAUUCCCCACACUUCGGUGGGCUUUGGGAAGCGGGCGUUAAGUCUGCCAAAUUCCACUUAACUAGGAUUCUCGGUAAUCAACACAUGACUUUCGAGGAGUUGUCCACUUUGUUUGCUCAAAUUGAGGCUAUCCUCAAUUCCAGACCAUUAACUCCUCUCUCAUGUGAUCCUAAUGAUCUACAUCCUUUAACUCCGGGCCACUUUCUCAUCGGAAGAACUCUUACUUCAUUACCAUCACCGACAUUAUUGGACAUUAACACUAACAGACUAUCAAGAUACCAACACAUUGAACAAAUGCGACAGCAUUUUUGGGAACGUUGGCGCCGUGAGUACUUGAGCGAAUUACAACAACGAAACAAAUGGAAGGUCAACCAACAAGGCUUACAAGAAGGAGAAAUGGUCAUUCUCAAGGAUGUUAAUUUGCCUCCUCUUAAAUGGCGUACGGGGCGCAUCUACAAGCUAUAUCCUGGAGCUGAUGGAAUUGCUCGAGUGGCUGAUAUUAAAACAUCAAAGGGAAUCAUUCGCCGAGCAUUAAAUAAAGUCUGCCCGUUACUGCCAUCAUCAAGCUAUUCUACAUCUCGAAACCCUGACGUGUUCGAGGGGGGGGAAGAUGUUCCUGAACGAAAUUGA